UUUGGAAUAAAGUAUGGUGUGAAAAUUUUUAUCGAAUUGUAAUAAAUUAUUUGUAAAAAUGAACAACGAGAAAAAGGAAGAAGCUUUAAAUGGUGUGCAAGAUGAUAAGACGAAUCAUGAUGAUGAUUUUGAAGAAAGAUACAAACAGAUGGAGAUUACCGAAGAGACUUCUUGUGGGAUGGGGUUUCUUCAUGGACCAUUUUUACAAAGGUUUGCAAAUAAAAAAGCCUACGUAGUUCUGUAUGGAGUUGUCGGUUGCAUAUAUUCAGCAACUUAUGCAUAUUUUAAUGGAACCAUCACGACACUUGAAAAACGGUUUAAAAUUCCUAGCAAAACAACAGGUAUAAUAACAGUCGGUAACGAUAUUAGUGCCUUAUUUGCUUCUAUGAUCGUGAGCUAUUAUGCUGGAAGAGGACACAGACCUCGAUGGAUUGCCCUAGGGCUUUAUUCCGUGGUAUUAUUCUGCCUUCUGACGGCUCUGCCUCAUUUGCUGUACGGCCCUGGACAAGAUGCCCUUCGACUCACCACCGAAUAUGGAGCUGUCUACGAUCAAAAUGCCACCAUUGAAGUUCUUAAUAAACAGAAGAGGAAAACUUUGUGCCACACUGAUGGCGAAGGAGUUGAAUGCGAAACAGAAGAAGGAGCAUCGCACCUCAAAUAA